AUAUAAACAUGGAAAGGAUAAUUUUGCAGUCGGACUGGGAUGAAGUUUUAAAAGAAGAUGAAGAAAAGGUAUGGAUCUCAUACAAGUCCGGAGCCCAACCAUCAGUCCAUGGAAGUCUGUAUAAUCAAGGUAUGUCCAGUGACGGUGUUCCCUACGUGACAGGAAGUGAUGGUUUCUCUGUACAGGAAGUUACCAAGAGAUCAAUCACUGUAUCCUACACAGAUGAUUCCACUAACCUAUCCAGAAAAUUUGUGGCACCAAAUGUUUCUUUCAAAGCCAUCCACAAUGACAGAAAAAGUGUGGUCAGUCUCGAUGUUACAGAGGGAGGACUUGGUGUAUCAGCUGACACAGAGGGAAAGCUGCGAUUAUGGCAGACAGACACAGGAGAAGUCAGGAGGGAUUUUGUUGGUCACUAUGGUGAUGUUUACACCUGCCAAUUUUUCCCCUCGGGUCUCGUGGUGCUCAGUGGAGGAGCAGACAUGCAGUUAAAAAUCUGGUCAGCGGAGACAGGAAAAUGUGCUGCCACCUUUACAGGACACAGGGCAGCUAUAAAUGACACAGCCAUGGUGGACCGGGGCAGAAAUAUUGUGUCUUGUGGUAAGGAUGGGUCAGCCAAGCUGUGGGACGUGGGUCAACAGCAAUGUCUGGGGUCGUACGAGGAGAACGGGGGUGAGGUCAACUGCUGCUGUCUCAGGAACGUAGAGAACUCACUGAGUCUAGAGACGGGGGACCAGCAAACUACUGAUAGAGAGGUUGGUACACAAGGGAAGCUACUCCUACUUGGCUGUGAGAAUUCUACAGUACAAGGUUAUGGACUGCAGACUCGUAAAAAGGUAUUUGAGUUUCCUGCCCACAGUCCAGUCAACUGUUGUGAGUUUCUGUCAGACAUUACAGCAAUCAUUGGGACACAGGAUGGACACAUUUCAGUCUUAGAUCUACGCAACAUCAGGGUUCCUCUGAAAGAAUGGAAAGACAGCCGAUCUGCUGUUUUGUGUUUCUGUCCCUGCAAUGGAGGAUUCUUUACUGGCACGGGUGACGGUUCCUGUUUUUAUACAGACUCUCAGUUUCACGCUAGAGUGGAGCUGACGGGGUCAGAGUGUGACCCCGUGUAUUCAGUCAAGUGUGACGGGACUCACGUGUUCACCGCGUGUAGAGACAGUGUUAUCCGUAGACACAGUUUAGAUUUAUGCUGUGGUCCACCUCACUAGAAUCCGCCACAUGAAAUCCUAAAUCUUUGUGACUUGAAAAAGUCUUCAUUUAUCAUGUUUAUAUGUAUUCAUCUUGUUAUGAAUGUAAAUAUAUCAUGGUUUUUA